CGUGUUCGGUUUGUAUUUCCCGCCACUGUGUCAAAGUUGAAACCGGAAAUCUAAAAGAGUUAAUUUAAACAUGGCGUCGAUAACAAAACAGAAACCCAGUCCACUUGACAAACCUUUAAGUAAAGGAAAAGCAGAGGUCAAUAUUGCAACUUUUGCUUUAUUAUUUUCUGAAAUGGUGCAGUAUUGCCAGAAUAGAGUAUACAGUGUAUCAGAGCUCCAAACAAAGCUGUCUGAGAUGGGACAACAUGUGGGUUCACAUUUAUUAGACUUGCUGUUUGUUAGAGAACAAGGAUAUAAGAGAGAAACAAAGCUACUCAAAAUGUUACUGUUCAUCAAGACUAAUUUUUGGAAGACUUUAUAUGGAAAAGAAGCAGACAGAUUAGAACAUUCUAACGAUGAUGAAAGAACAUAUUAUAUAAUUGAAACCGAACAUCUGGUCAACAAAUUUAUAUCAGUACCAAAAGAUAAAGCAAAAUUAAACUGUGCAGCAUUUACAGCAGGUAUUAUAGAGGCUGUUCUAAAUGGAGCUAAUUUUCCUUGUAAAGUGACAGCUCAUUGGCAUAAAGGAACAACAUUUAUGAUAGAAUUUGAUGAAUCAGUUAUAGCAAGAGAUAAAAUGGUAGAAGGCAGAUAAUUGACGAACCACUUACAUUUAUUUUUGUGAACAAUGCUCUAUGACAUUAUUUUUAUUUUAUAAUUAUUACAUGUAUUCCUUUGAAUAAAUUCAAAAUUCGUAAAUGUGAAAUGUUUGUAGUUAUUAUA